CUCUCUCUCUAUCUAUGCAGGAAGGAAUGCAUCAGGGAGCUGCUGGGAUAGCCCUUUUUAAAAAUUAAAAGCAGAACCCCCUGCACCAGCCCCAUCCUUUACCUGUGUGAUCAUCACAUGUGCAGUCUCUGGAUCUGUGAUCCCUGGCACUUUAUAAGCAGUCUCUUUCAGCUUACUCACCAUAUCCCAGCCUGCCUGCCUGCCUGCCUGCCUGCCUCAGUACACAGCUGGGGAGAGGAUCUUAAACUACACAAGCUCAGCUUUCUAACCAGCUUUUUUUUUUUUAUAUUCCCCUCUGUUCUUCCUCACCGGAUAAUAAACUUUUUUCCCUCCCCACUGGGAAUUUUGAAGACCUAUUUUGCUGUGAUCUCCUACAAUGGGAGCUGGGGAGUUCAAUGUUUGGAUGAUAAUAUCAGCCUGCCUCAUAAACGUGUCUCUGCAAGGAGAAUAUCAGAGGAAGCUUUAUAAGGAAUUACUGAAGAAUUAUAACCCUCUGGAGAGACCAGUAGCCAAUGAUUCUCACCCUCUUACAGUCUAUUUCGGAAUGAAUCUAAUGCAGAUCUUGAAUGUGGAUGAAAAGAAUCAAAUUCUAACAACGAAUAUAUGGCUUCAAAUGUAUUGGACAGAUUACUAUUUACAAUGGAACAUGUCUGAAUACCCUGGGGUUAAAAAUGUUCGUUUUCCAGAUGGACAAAUUUGGAAGCCGGAUAUUCUGCUGUAUAACAGUGCAGAUGAAAGAUUCGAUGCUUCAUUUCAUACGAAUGUUUUGGUCAAUUCAUCAGGAUUCUGCCAAUAUUUACCACCAGGGAUUUUCAAGAGCUCAUGCUACAUUGAUGUACGCUGGUUUCCAUUCGACACUCAGAAGUGCAAACUAAAGUUUGGAUCUUGGACUUAUGGUGGCUGGUCCUUGGACUUGCAAAUGCAAGAAGCAGAUGUAUCGGAAUACAUAUCAAAUGGAGAGUGGGACCUUGUUGGAGUCCCUGGAAAGAGAAGUGAGAGUUUUUAUGAAUGCUGCAAGGAGCCGUAUCCAGAUGUGACAUUUACCAUAACAAUGAGGCGCAGGACUCUAUAUUAUGGGCUGAAUCUCCUAAUUCCUUGCGUGCUGAUUUCUGCACUUGCUUUGCUAGUGUUUCUGCUUCCGGCAGACUCAGGAGAGAAGAUCUCAUUAGGUAUAACAGUGUUAUUGUCGCUUACUGUUUUUAUGUUGCUGGUGGCAGAAAUAAUGCCAGCCACUUCAGAUUCAGUUCCUCUAAUAGCACAGUAUUUUGCCAGUACCAUGAUCAUUGUUGGACUCUCUGUGGUUGUUACAGUUAUCGUCUUACAGUAUCAUCACCAUGAUCCACACGGAGGCAAAAUGCCCAAAUGGACAAGAAUAAUUCUAUUAAACUGGUGUGCCUGGUUCCUGAGAAUGAAGAGACCAGGAGAAGAUAAAGUCAGGCCAGUGUGCCAGCACAAGCCGAGACGUUGCAGCUUGACAAGUGUGGAAGUGAAUACUGUUAGUGGCCAACAGUCCAGCAAUGGGAACAUGUUAUACAUUGGCUUCCGAGGCUUGGAAGGGAUUCACUGCACACCUACCACAGACUCAGGAGUAAUAUGUGGCAGGAUGACAUGUUCCACCACUGAGGAUGAGAACCUUCUACAUAACACGCAUCACUCUGAGAGUGAAUCAGAACUAAGCAAGAUUUUGGAUGAGUUGCGUUACAUUGCAAACAGGUUCAGAGACCAGGAUGAAGAUGAAUCCAUAUGCAAUGAGUGGAAAUUUGCUGCCUCUGUAGUAGACCGCUUGUGUCUAAUGGCUUUCUCUGUCUUUACUAUUAUUUGUACUAUUGGAAUUUUAAUGUCAGCACCAAAUUUUGUAGAAGCAGUCUCUAAAGAUUUUGCUUAACCUCACUUUGUGGUACUAGAAAUACUUUCAAAGGUAUGUUUUUUUUGUUCCCUCCAGACUGACCUUUUGUAUACAGGUGAUACUAUUUUUACAGUACUAAGAGAUAAUACACAAAGAUAUACCCACAAUUCUUCUUCUUGUGCUUGCAACACAUUGCUAAACAGUAACAUAUUCCAGAGUUAAUUUACACUGGUAGGAUAGUGGCAUGCUUGGCAAUGUGGUUAUGAUGACCAGCACUUAUAGGAGGACUCGUGGGAGUCUUUUAUCAAAUGUUGCCAACAACACAAUUAUACCCGUAAAAUUGGAUUUGGAGAUAUGACUUUAAAGAUAUGUCUCAAUAACAAUAACUUAUAAUAAUUAAAAAAAAAAAAAAAUACACAGCAACCUGUAGAGGAUAGGCAUCCUUUGACACUCAAGAUGUUGUGGAUUGCUAUGCCAGC